AUGUUGCAUAUUCGAGUGAGUCACGUGCGUGCGUGUGUGCGUGCACACGCACGCACGCACGCGCGAAAAAGUUGUACUCAAAUUCCAGUUCUUUCAAACGACGAUAGAUCUCAAUCAUAUACGAGUAAUCAUGGGACUGCGGCGGCGGCGGCAGCAGCAGCAGCAGCAGCAGCGUCGGCGACGACGGCAACGACGACGACGAUGAUAAAUCACCUCAACUGUAUACAACCCAGCAUGGACGCCAUCGCUCAAGAUAUAAUAUUACCCACGGACGGUGCCGAGCACUGCGUCGACAGGAGCGAAUUCGACAAAUACAUAAAAUACGGUAGGAGUUGCGAGGGACAAAGAAUGGAUUCGAAUCACAAUUAUCCUCAUCAUGGCGUCGUGACGGCACCCAAUUACUAUCAUCAGAGCGUCGACGUUAAAAGCGAACACGGAAAUUAUCCGGGACAAGGUUUCGAACCUUUGAAAUCCGAAGAUGAUUUCAGCGUCAUUUUGGCGGGUGUUAGAAAAACUUGCUACAGCAGUUGA